UCUCUCUCUCUGUGGUCAGUCGGGUCUCGCUCGGUCGGGUCGGGGGUCUCCGGUGUCCCGGGGGGCGGUAGUGCUGGUUCCCAGGCUCUGCUGACUUCGCAGGGAGGGGCUGAUCCGGACAGAAGCAGUGAUCGGUAUCAUCAGUCCCGGAGCUGAGAGCGGGGAGAGCCGGGGCCGCACACAUGGAGAAGUAUAGAGCCCUGGAGCGGCUGAUGACGGAGCUGGAGGAUUUCCUAAAUAUCCUGGAUAAAGAAAACCUCAGCAGCGCCGCCAUCCUGAAGAAAUGCCUGCUGUCCGAAAUCCUCCAAAUGUGCCUCAAGAACAACAGCAGUGGAGACGAGGAAUAUAUCUACAUGAACAAGGUGUUGGCUCCUGAUCCAGACCCCACCACAAAACCUGAUUCUGCUGAAAGAUCGGACCUUCCAGCCAAAGAUGCACUGACCAAUGGGGUGACAGCUCCGCCGCCACAGAAGAGCCUGCCUGAUCUCCCGCCGCCAAAAAUCAUCCCAGAGAAGACACAGUCGCCUAAAGCGGACACCCAGGAGGGUUACUACGAGGAGGCCGAGCCCUACGACCCCUCCGCCAUCGAGGAUGGAGAAGCCAUCAGCAGCUCAUAUGAGUCUUACGAGGAAGAAGAAAACACCAGAGGAAAGUCUGCCGCCCACCAGCACCAAUGGCCAUCAACAGAGGCCUCCAUUGAGCUGAUGAAGGAUGCCCUUAUCUGUGCCUUCCUCUGGAGGAAGAAAUGGCUGGGACAAUGGGCAAAACAGCUGUGUGUGAUCAAAGACAACCGUCUAAUGUGUUAUAAAAGCUCGAAGGAGCAUAGUCCUGUGCUGGACAUCAGCUUACUCGGCUGCUCCGUGACCCACAAAGAAAAACAAGUCCGGAAGAAGGAGCACAAGCUGAAGAUCACUCCGACUAAUGGCGACAUGAUAGUACUGGGGAUGCAGAGCAGGGAACAGGCGCUGCAGUGGCUGAAGGUUAUUCAGGACAUCACCGGGACGCAGAGCGAGUCCAUCCCGGACAGUUCAAUGCUCUCUGCCGAAAAUCAACGUCCCGCAAACAAGGGGGAAGUAACGGACAGAUACUCUGCAGCGUCAGAGAGUGGGAGCAGCACGGAUGGGCACCCCGAGACCCCCGAGGUCAAAGAAGUGAAGAAGAAAGGAUCGUCCGGCCUGAAACUCAGCAACCUGAUGAAUCUGGGCAGAAAGAAGUCCGCCUCUAUGGACAGCCCGGAGAAGACGCUGGAGACCUCCAAUUAUCUGAACGUCUUAAUAAACAGUCAUUGGAAAUCGCGCUAUUGUUGUGUGAAGGACGGACAGCUGCAUGUCUACCAAGACAGGAAUAAGAGCAAAACCACAAUACAGCCGGUGUCCUUAAUAGGAUGCGACAUCAUCCCUCAGCCCACCCCGGACCACCUGUACUCAUUCCGCAUUCUGCAUAAUGGGGAGGAGCUUGCCACACUAGAGGCGAAGUCCUCGGAGGACAUGGGCCACUGGCUGGGGCUCCUCCUGUCCGAAUCCGGAUCAAAAACGGAUCCAGAGGAAUUCAGCUAUGACUACGUGGACGCGGAGCGCGUGUCCUGCAUCGUGAGCGCAGCCAAGAACUCCUUCUUCUUGAUGCAGCGGAAAUACUCUGAGCCGAACACUUACAUUGAUAAUCCGCGCGGUGGGAGGAGCCAGCAGGACGACCUGUACGAUGAUGUAGAUGUGUCAGAUACCAUGGAAGAAGAUCCAAAACCUGAGGUGCAGGCUGAAGAGGAGAACACUUACCUGGAUCUGCUACCUGCAAAAUCCUUCCUGCACGGAUCAGGGAUGAAAAUGGUAAACACGACCCAGACACCCUCACCCACCCCUGAGAGGGCCAACAAAACUGAAAGGGAACCAGACCCCGCACCAAUCCUAGAGCCAGAACCAGCCAGUCCUGCACCACAGGACAAUAAUCACCAUCCAGAAGAAGUGACUCAGGAUCUGCAGGUGAAGACCAUCGCUGUGUCCAGUCCUCUGCUGGGGAAAUGCAAAACGGAAAGGACCAAAGCGUCCAGUCCAGCCAUUGAAAACAAACUGGGGAAGAACCGCACGGAGGCCGAAGCCAGAAAAUUCACAGAAGUGAAGGAGAAGCUGGAGAAAGAGCGCGAGGAGAUCCGCGAGGUGCUGGCGGCGCUGCGAAAGGAGAGACGAGAGCUGAAAGAAAGCAUAGCCACCUGCGCAGAUAAAAGUCUUCUCACCGGCCUGGAGGAAAAACUGAAGAGGAAAGAAGAGGAAUGUAAAGUGCGGGAGAACCAGAGGGUGGACCUGGAGCUGCAGAUUGUGGAAGUGAAGGAGAACCUGAGGAAGGCCGAGCUGGGGCCGGUGACCCUGGGGACUGCGGUGGAGCCGGCCCACCUGGACAGCCCCUCCAGUAUGAAGUGUUGCAGCCCGAUCCACAUCCCGGACUCCUCACCUGUGAACUCCGCGGUGGCGCUGAAAAGCCGCCCCCUGUCCAUCAUGACCACUGGGAAAGGCACGGUCCUGCAGAAAGCCAAGGAGUGGGAAAAGAAAGGUGCGAGCUAGAGGGUCCGUCACUGUUCUUAAUGGACUAAAAGACUUGACUCUGGACAACAUUUUAUUUAUCAGAUGUCAGGACCCCCAGCAGGACACAGGGCCUGGAGCCUGACACCUAUGACCUCCAUCUUUGGGGGAGGGGGCACCAUUUCUUGUGUUGCACAUGACAAUACUCUGUAUGACCAUCGGGUGGCACUAACACCACCAGGCUCCUUGACCCUCUUCUACCGUGAGCUCCUUGGGGGUGGAGAGGAGACAUUCAGGUAGAUCAAUCCACCAAUGAAACAUGGAAGAAGAUUUCUCCAGAGCCCACCGUGGUUCGGCAUCGCAGGGUUUGCAGGACUCCUCUGCACUUAAUAUAUUAUUGAUAUUUAGCGAUUAACUCCCCUUCUGCUGUCUGUACGAGAACUGUGACGUCUACGAUGAGCGCCGUGGGAAGUGAACUCUGGGCUGCAGACGUAGCAGCAACAAGAAAUGGCGACAAUCAUGUAGCACUUGUUAUACGCCAGGACAUUUGUAUAUGAUACGGCGUGAAACAUGUCGGCCUGAGGAGACCGUAAGGGAAGGCGUUUCCUUAUACUUGGACUAUGGGCGGCGGCGGCGGCGGGCUCUGGGAAGGAUCGGCCGCUCCUGGUGCUUAAAGAUAUAAAGUAUUUUAUAAUUAAGAGAAUUAAACGUAAACCUGAAAAUGUGAUCAGAUCUUUAUUUAUAGUUGU